CGAUCGUCGAGUCGAGCAGAAGUCCCAAACCCCAGCCAUCGGGUCGUGAAUUUUCGUUGUGAAAGUCUCCAAAAUUAACACAAAAUAAGAUCAGUGAAUUAAUUUGCCAACAGAAUGUGGAGCUCAACGUUAAGCUUUGUGGCCCUGAUGGCCCUAAUGGCGAAUACGCGUGCCUUAGAACUGCUAACGGAACCGAAAACAGCUUUCGUGGUGGAAAAUGAUAAUAAUGUUAAUUUGCUGUGCAAAACUCCUGGAGGGCAGCCGAUAGAUUUUUGCGUGGUGAGCAUCCCCGGAGUUAAGGCGCCAUUUGCGGCAAGUGAUCGACUGCCAAGUCCAGUCGAUGGAAUCACGUUCUUUGGUGACGGUUGGGAAAAGGGAUCCUGUGGAGUUACUUUGGCCACGGUUAAGAAAGAAAAUGAAGGAUCCUUCGAGUGUUCGGUGUCGAUUAAAGGGGAGCUGGUUAAGGGCAAAAUUGAUAUCAGUUUCCAGCCAGUUCCUCCGGAGCCUCCAGUCAUCGAAGUGUCUAGCAACGUGGAUGACAGCAAUGGCGAAUUCGAUUUCGGAAAGCCGCUGACUGCUCGGUGUAUUUCGCGCAAUGGCUGGCCAGCAGCAAAAUUGUCCUGGUAUCUGGAGAGCAGCCCAAUCACAAACGAAAUCGGUGCUCCAUUCUACGAAACUGCCAAUCGAAGGACAACGGUUCAGCAAUUUUUCCGGAAACCUGUUACAGUGGAGGAUAAUCGAAAGCGAUUGAUCUGCCGAGCUGAACACGUGGCCUAUCCAGGUGGUUACAUGGAAACCGCGCUGCCAAUCAAACUCAGAAAAAAUAACAACAAUGUCCUGUCUAAGAGUGAUGACUCUAAGGAUAGUCCUAUUCAGCCCUUGAACCCACAACUGCUUGUUUCCAGUGAUAUAAAAACGCAGAAUGGCGCAUUCAAAGUUGGAUCGGAUAUGGUGGUAGAAUGUGUGUCUGAAUACGGACGUCCAGCUGCCAGUUUCCUGUGGUUUUUGGAUGAUACACUGAUCUACGAGGGAUACCAGAAUCUGAACGGGGGAGACAAACAAGACAGUCACAAACUGCCAGCCACCCAACCAAGGGGACAGAACGAAGAGGAGGAAUCACGCCAAAAGUGGCUCAAACCUCAACCGCAAAGCGAACUUGAUUCCCUGGGAAUAAUCAUGGUCGAAGCUUGUCCACCACAUGGACAUGAACAACGUAAACGCACAUCCAACGCGUCGCGUCGCUUCGAGACAUCACAAAAGUACAAGCGGCUACACGAUGUGGCAUGGCGUCUGCCAUCAACACGCACUUCCCCAAUUGUGGCCCGAAUCUUCCAGAGCAGCGUACAGCAGAAGGAUAAACCAGUCACAGCCGAAAUACUGGUUUCUCAGCCUCACCACUACUUGGACUUUGGCAUUCGGCUUAAGGAGGUACCAAUACCACCGACAUCAGUGACGUCGCACCAAUCAUCAUCUACCGAUCACCAAUCAUCAUCCACCGGUCAUCACUGA